CAGUAUUAUUAAUGUUCAUAGCAUAAUCAGCACGAGAUAUUUUUCGACCUUGUGUGUGCAAACUAUUAAUUUGCUCAGUCUUACAGAGUAAUUCAACAUAGUAUAUAGCGCAACAUAACUGAUAUAUUACCAUAAAAGAAGUGCCUACCAUUUUUGUGAAGAUUACCUAUCCAUAUAAAGGUACAAGUAUUUUACAGCUGUUGUUUAAUAGGAUACCUACCCGUUGUUCUUACGGUCCUGUGUUUGUAAGUAGUUUCAGGAAGACUUCAAAAAUAAAUUCCAGGAAAAAUGACACGCUGGCACCACAGAUCAGAUGCUGUACACUGGUACAUGAGCGAGAUAUCUUCGAGGGUGGUCGCUGAGUCAGGUAUACCAGGCGAUAGGUAUCAUCUUGGCAAGCUGACUCUACGGGGAUUCAAAGACGCUCCAGACUUCAUUCUACAAAUUGAUGGAGCUACGGGCGAAACAGAAAACUUUGCAUCAGCGUUAAAAAGAUCCGUACAAUGUGCCAAUGCGUUCAGAAAACUUGGAUUUCGACAAGACGAUGUGGUACUCUUAAUGGCACCAAAUCAUAUCCAUCUAACAAUACCGAUGUACGCGGCUUUUUAUCUGGGAAUGAGCGUCGCGGGAAUUGAUAUGACUUUGGGAGUGAAUGAACUCAGAGACACUUUUAAAUUCAACGCACCAAAAGUGAUAUUUUGUCAGAACGAUAAAGUAAAGGAUGUCGUAGCAGCAUUACAAGGACUAGACUUCAAGCCUAAAAUAGUAACAUUCGAUAAUUCAAAUGAGUUUAUCAGUUUUCCGGAACUGUUGGAAAAGUAUGGCAGCGAAACAUCUGUUGAAAAUUUCAAAGCUGCAGACUUUGAUAGCAGUAACACAAUAGCGUUAUUAAUAGCAACCAGUGGUUCAACCGGAUUACCGAAAUCAGCAGCUGUCACUCACAAGAACCUCGUGGUCUCGAUUCCUUACAUGUGGCAUACUUAUGACAAGUUUCCGACGCCAACACGCUUGCCAGUCGUCCUUUCACCAAUCCAGUGGUACUCAGCGUUGUUCAAGUUUGUGUUUUCGCCCAUACUAAGACACACAAGACUUCAAUCCUCACAGCCAACGACGCAAGAGCACGCUUACUAUCUAAUUAACAAAUAUAAACCAACAUUCAUGAUGACGAGUCCAAAUACAUUGACUACCCUUUUCAAAGUCGGUGACCGGGACAAAUGUGACUUGACUAGUUUUGAGCAAAUCCUUCCAGGCGGAAGUGCUGUCCAUCCUAAUCUUCUCAAGGAAGUGAAGAAAGUUAGUCCCAAUACAGAAGUAUUAGUGAUAUAUGGUAUGAGUGAGAUCAGUGGAAUUGCCAUGGUGUUUGACGGAUGUCUGCCUGAUUCACUUGGCAGACCUAUAACAAGUGUCAACGUAAAACUGGUCAACCCUAAAACACUUGAAGAUGUGACAGAGCCAAAUGUAAAUGGGGAAUUAUGGAUCAAGGGACCUGGAGUGUUCAAGGGAUACUACAACAAUCCAGAAAUAACAGCGCAAGUUUUAAUGGAAGACGGUUGGUUUAGAACAGGAGAUAUUAUGUACAGAGACAAAGCUGAUAACUACUAUUUCGUCGACCGGAUAAAGUUAUUGCUCAAAUAUAGAAAUCAUCAGAUAUCACCAUUAGAAAUUGAGAGUGUGAUAAUGAAACAUUCUGGAGUGUAUGAAGUAGCAGUCACGGGGAUCCCCCAUGAAGAGCAUGGGGAUUUACCCGUUGCCUUCAUUAUCCCGCACGAGGGCUCCAAGAUUACUGCACAAGAGAUCAAGGAUUUGGUCAAAGAAUCUUUGACUGAUUCGAAGCAACUCAGAGGUGGUGUAGUAUUUGUAAAGGAGUUACCGAUGACAUCCACUUCCAAGAUUGACCGGCCAAAACUAGCAAAGCUGGCCCAGUCUAUGAAACGCGAAUAAAACUAAUAAAAGAAACCCAAACUGAUCAUUAGUUAAUUUACCUUUUAGAAUAAAAAUACAUUAAUUAGUAUA